AUGAGUGGUCAGCGAGAUAUUCUAGCACACCUUGGAAAUGUUCCGGAAGAUGAAAUUCGAGGAAUGCGAGCACCACAAAUUGCUGCUGGCAGUGAUGAACAGUUCGAGAUGAUGAAAAAGGCUGGUUUCUUUUACGACAAUACGCUGAUAGCUGAUCCAGGACCAGAUGGAGAGCCAUAUUGGCCACAAACUCUCGAUUAUCGCGUUUCCUGGCCAUGUUUGGAUGAAAAUUGCCCACAAAGUUCUUUUCCUGGUAUCUGGGAAAUUCCAAUUAACUUGUUCCAUGGAGCCCAAAAAAUUGGUGCUGAGAGAAGACGUUCGUCAAUGAUUCGCGGUGCUGUCCAGUGGAAUUCCUCAGCUUCUGAUAUCUACAAUUUACUGAUGGACAAUUUUGAACGAGCUUACUACACCAAUCGAGCGCCCUAUCUCUUAACACUGAAUGCGGAUUUCUUGCAACUAAACGAAGGAAAAGCUGCAAUGCAAGCUCUCAAGAGGUUUGUUUACAAGAGCUGCUGUACUUUCGCCGAAAUGCGAACUUGA